GUAUUUAGUAAGCAUAUGUUUCUUUUUUAUCUAAAUGCGUUUCACUGAACUCUGCUUGGCUGUCUAUUUGACUCUUUGUCUGUCCCGUUUGUCUGUCUACUUGCCUGCCUGCCUGACUACCAGGCCAUUAGCCGCACAUGCAUUCUGUAUGACAUUUAUGUUGCACACCGCGCAUGCAGCGACAAUAACCGCCACCGAAACACACACAUACAUACAUUUUAAAGUAUACUUGUAUAUAUGUAUACAUGGUAUGUGUGUGUGUUAGGGAACGCAUACAUCUGCACAUGUCGGAACUUACAAAAGGUGCUAAAGUGACUCACAAAAUUGUGCGGUGGCCAUAGUUCCACCUUUGAGCUUUUGCAGUUGGUCUAACUGUAAUUCGUUAGUUGCCUAGGUGAUUCGGUUUUGGUUUGUCAUAUAUAUCAACCCUCUUAAAAGCGUUUAAUGAGUCUAUAGUUUUUUUGUUUUUGUUUUUCUUGUAUUUAACCCUGGACGUGCUUCGUUAUCUUGCCCCUGUUUGAAAAACAAGUUGAUUAUUAAUCGAAUCGCCUUCCAAAUAGUCUCCUGAGCCAAUACAAGCGGGCCAAGUCUCCAGACACUGGUUAAAAGUCUUGGAAUGCGGAUGGCCUUCAGUGCCUUCAACGAAUUUUGGUUUUCUCGGUUUCAGUCAAUUUUUAGAGCGCCAUUUGCUAGAUUGUUGUAUACUUUCGACAAUUUAGGUAUUCCGAUAAAUGAAGAUGGCUGUUGUUCUUGUACCUCCUAAAAAUGUACACCAAAUAAUUUGAGGAAUUCUGCGGAACUGCUGUGCUUGGUCGACUAAAAACCCACAUCCAUUCGGUCGGUUACGAAGCGCCGACUGUCGCAGAAACGAAAGAAUCGAUAAUCUCACAGCUCUGUGGUUGGUAAUUUAGCUAUUUAUAUGGUUGAAUUAUUUCGCUGAGCUUAAUGAUAUUCCAAGAAAAAUAAUAAAAGGCCCAAAGGUUCAACACUCUUCCAAUAUCAGUAUUUCUCUUUGCAAUGACCUCGUCAGCUUACAAAAAAGCUCAAUUCUUACUAAUGGACGGAUAACCAAUAUGUGUGGAUGUAAAAGAUCCCAAGGUUCGAUACUCUUCCGAUAUCAGUAUUUCUCUAUGCAAUGACCUCGUCCAGCUUACAAAAACGCUCAAUUCUUACUAACGGAGGGUUAUCAUAUACAUAUGUGGAAUAUAAGCGGUUAGUCCAUGGUGCUUUAGUAAUUGUCUCAGCCGAGCGCUUGUGAAGUAGUGUUCUAGCCUUAGUCCAGGACAUGCUGCAGAAAUGCUAGAUUUUGAAAUAAAGACAUUCGUAUGCCGACUCCAGCAAACACUUUUUAUUUGAAAGCGACACUUCCUUGGAUCAUUACACUGUCUACGUCGUCUAUCUGACAUUCCAGUUCCCUUUUAUUUACUGUUACGUUACACGAGACACUUCCUUGGAUCAUGAUACUGCCUACAACGGACAAGCUUACAUUCCAGUUCCCUUGUAUUUACCGUUGCCUUACAUUUUAUUAACGUCUGGUUCGUAAAUGCCAAAAUUUGGUAGGCUCAUGAAGCCGGAAGCGCAAUAUUACUACCAAAAAGACCUCGCUUGCCGCUAACGAAGGUCUAAUCGAACUUACGAGCUCGCAAAAAGCGGAAAUUAGCAACGCGAAACCGGUUCAACCAACACUUUGUAUGUGUAAAUGCGAGCCUAAUCAUUAGAGACCAAACGCCAAACCGGCGGCUUUGCGACACACGCGUUGCCAAGCCAUGAGUCAAAGCGGAGCUAUGUCAUGAGUCAAAUAAAUGUCAACGCGAGCUCAACAAAUCCGCAUAUUAUUAAUAUUUAAGACUACAUGAGCAUUUUAGCGCGCACUGUGCACGCGCGCUAUACGCCUACUGGCUAAGAACUUGCAAGCGUUUACUACACGUUCGCCGCGCCUGCAAACGCGCGGGCGCCCGCAGUGUAAAGGGUGAACUUUUCUUGAUAUUUUACCUGCAAUUCAUGCGAUUCAUGUUUGUAGUUCUGCAACAAUGCCAAGCGAAGACUGGUUUCUUCACACACACAUACUUACGUAUAAACUCACUGUCGCACACGAGCAGUUGCUGCGCGCACACACGUGUAAAAAACCCAACUAACGCGCGCUUAAACGCACACAUUCAUAGAAAUAUUUAAAAGAGAGUAACGUAACGCUUACGUUACGUUGCUUACGUGCUACGUUACGCCUGUAAACACGCUUAUACACACCAAAUAUGUAUAUAUGUAUGUAUGUAUAUUGUAUGUGUGUGACUUCGUCUGCUCUUGUGCCUGCGCCGCGCACCAAUACCACGACGUUAUAACGCUCAUUGGUACUGCGAGAUCAGCGCGUAUUGCUAGUCUGGCAAACGUGCGACGUUGACGGCCACUAAACGCUGCCCAGCUUAGUUGUUAUUAUAGUCAGCGCUCGGCUCAAAGCAACUUUUCAACUUUUCAAGUUUUCAAGCGUUCUUAGCGCAAUUCGGUAUUCAACACAAUUUGAAUUUUGAAUAGCAUACGGAGGCAGUGUUGGCGGUGAAAAAGCAUACUACAACUACAAUUAGGAGAAAGUUAUGUUCAAAGCAAGCAAUGCUGGCAACAGCACAACAACAGAAGAACGUGAUCGCCUAACAGAUGGCGAAAAGUCACGCACCUCCCAUCGCUCCCGACCAUUUUCUAGUCUUCCACGACGUUUCUUGUCGGCCAAGAAUUGCGCAGUAGUGGAGACUGAUGCGGAGCGUACGCACGCUUUGGGGAAUGAGAGCGCACAAUUGAGAGACGUGAAGACAGCGAGAAGCUUAUCGCGCUUGAAUACGCUUAACUAUGAUAAUGCUGCAAUAGAUUUAGCUGAGGGUAGCUUAGGAAGCGCCAAGAAUAGCUUUCAAAUUAGUAGUUUGGAUAUAUUUCCACAAAUAAGUAAUAGUAACGAUACAACGGUCUCGUUGGAGAUGGAGCAGUUGCACGAUAUAAGACGUGAGGAUAUUUUCCCACACGAGCGCACACCGACUGAUUCCUCGUGGGAUGGCAGUGAUCUCGAAAACGAAUCCAUGCAUUCAACAGAUACCAGCGACUGUACGCCCGACGAUGCAACACGUGUGCUCAAUGAGCUCGACACGAUUUUGGAUAUACACGGUGCGACGCCGCUAAACGCGACCAAUUCAUUGGAGACUAAAGUCGAAGACUGUUUAUUGGAUUUAGAUAAUUAUCUAGAAGAGAUGGAUGAUUAUAGUUUUAGUAAUAAUGAUGAGGACGAUAAGAGUUCGACGGAGUUGGCCCGUACGCCAAGCCCGAAACGUCUAACUACACGACAACGUAACCGUUCGUUGCCGAUGAGUCGUAAAAAGAGUACACAACUGAAUGCCGAGCGGGAGCAGAAUGAGGAGGCAAGCGUCGUAGGUGGCAGCAUAGAACGCGGUCAGCUACUGAGACGCACAAUUACCUCACCGAAAGAGAAGUUGUACGAGGAUCUAAUGGAGCGAUUGGAGGACACACCGCGUGAAGUUACACGCCUGCCCAGCGAGGAGGCUUUCAAUGAACUCUUCAUAACCGAGGAUAACAAUGAGCGCACAAAUUUGCAGUCAACAGAUCCACCACCUUGGACGGAGGCCACAUACGACGCACAUCACGACGGUAAAGCUUUAGCCGAUAAUGAUGACUUGGGCGCAGCGCGUCUCACAGAUUUCACAGAACAUCACAGUAUUAGCGCACAAAAUGACGAGACGUCGGUGGCGUAUGAAACAGCGGCCGCCGACACUUUGCCUUUGCGACCCGAGCUCAGACGUUGUCACUCACAGAAUCGUCUGAGCACCACUAGCACGAACAGUCGCACUGAAAUGCUGACACAAGAAGAUAUUUUUAAUAAUUUAUUACUACAAAACGACAACACCAGCAGCACUUUGGUGAAUAGACCGCGCCAGUUUGGACGUCGCGCGGCGGGGCAACCGCCUGUACUCUCCGUACGACCUGAUAUACUAGAAGGCAAUCACAGCUUCGGCUCAGCUGGCAACAAUCAACGACCGCAGAGCGCGCCUGCAAUUACGACAGCGGCGCGUCAAGCGCGUAAUGCCGCACACGCUGCCGACGAGCGUCACUCGAACUUCUUGGUGGGUUCGGAUGGCAGUUCGGCGCAUACGUCGCGCAAUUCCAGUCCCAUCACCAUCGUAUCCAGCACAGACUCCGCCUCGACCACGCCAUCAACCAAUGGUGGUCACAACGCGGCUAUGACACUCGUCACAAACGGUCGUUACGAACAAACGGAUGCGGAGCAUAAUAACACUACACACGCAAGCGCGCAGGACAGCGAUAAGGAGUGGCCGCAUAUGUGCAGUCGCGCUUUCGCACUACUCUGCUGUACAGUGGGUCUAUUUAAUAUGUCACGCUUUGCGGUGCUGACCGUGGAGUAUGGUGGCAACUUCGUUUUGCAAUUCUUUUUGCUCUCCGUACUUUUUGGCAUACCGCUUUUCCUGUUGCACAUGUGUUUGGGCUCACGGAUUAAGGCCGGUCCGGUGUCAAUGUGGAAGAUCAGUCCGAUAUGUCGCGGUAUCGGUAUUGCUUUGGUGUUGGUGCAAUGUUUCAUUGCCAUUUAUUCGACUGUCGCUAUUGGUUGGGUGCUAAUCUAUCUGCGUGACACAUUUCCGCACAAGGGACAGGACGGUUACAUGUGGCAGGAAAUGAUUAACCCCUAUCGGCGUGGCACGAAUGGCUCUGCGAAUAUAACCGAAAGCAUUACCGAUUAUUUUAAUAUUGUUGUGUUGCAGCGUUUGCACCUGUUGAAGCCGGCGGAUGGUGGCAAUGUACGUUUUCGUGUGAGUAAUCGGUUGGCCUUCAAUUUGACCCUAAUUUGGGUUUUUGUAUUCUUAGUUUUGUGCAAAGGUCUGAAAUCGUUCGGUAAUGCGGUCUUUCCGCUCAUCCUUGUACCAAUCGUGGCUUUGGCAUGCGUUAUUUGUAAACUACUCUACAUCGUGGAUCCCGUAAAAUUACAGAACGCCUUAAGCAGCACCGACUUCAGUGACUUCUUCGAAAAUUCCAAAAUGUGGGUUGCUGCCGCACAGGAAGUUUUCCUCACCUGGGGUCUACUUGGUUCUUCAGUAAUCUCCAUCACAAGCCGUGGACAUCCGCCUAGUCGCAGCGAAAUAUCGUUAAGACGCGAUUGCAUCUUUGCCAUAACGCUUACAUUCUUCAGUCUCACUAUGGCCGCAAUGAUGGGACAACUUUGUGUCCUUAUAUUGAAUCAGCAUUCCUACAUUUAUGUGCCGGGUUCGUUUGAAUCACUGGAAUCAUCAAAGUCCGUCUUCGCGACAGAGUCCAUAACCAACUUGAAUAUCAUUUCGAUACCAGCGAAAUGGAUGCCACAUUACUCCAGUUUUAUUGGAGAGUCAUAUCGACGACAGCUAACGCUCCAGGAAAGCGGCUAUCAAGCUUUACGUUUCGUCAGCGAAAUCCUGCCCGCCACAUUUAUAGCCGCACGUGUCAACCUCUCGUGGAUUUGGGCCGCCGUGAUUUUUGGCUCCUUAACCCUAUUGGGCAUAUCACAAUUGUGCGCCAUGUGGAAACCGAUUGCCAGCGCAUUGGGUAAUUCAAUUAGCGCAGUUUUAUUGAGUUGCGUUACUGCCAUGCUCUUGGGUGUACCCUUCACAACCGAAAUCGGCAUAUCCAUACUGUAUUAUAUGGACUUGGUGCUAGGCGGCUCAUGGUUUGUUGCUAUACUAUGGACGGCACAGAUAUUUGGUGUGUUCUUGAUACGCGGGCGUCCAUACAAUGGUGAUGAUUUGGUGAAUAAAUUGAAGUUCACGAACUCCUUAUCCGCGUUCGUCGCCUUGGCAUGGAAUGUUUUGCUGCCGAUUGGUUUGAUAACAUUAUCGGUCGUCAGCUAUAAGUCAUCGUUCUCGAAUCAGUUCUAUUAUUGGCGUGGCAAGUCGUAUUUCACCUACUGGGCCAGAAAAGUGGCAGCUUCAUUGCAAAUUGGUUUCCUACUACUUAUACCGGUUACAGCGAUUAUACAAAUUUAUCGAUAUUUAACAAAUGGGCCGCCGGAUAUAUUGGAUCGCAUCCAACUACUCUAUCGUCCCGGCGAAAGUCUACGUGAAAUACGCAACAGUUCCUUAAGUGAUCGCAGCAGAAGCGACUAUGGACGAGGCGGUGGCAACGGCGCCGUUGGAAAUCUCGAACUCAACUCAUAUCAGGCACAAGAUGAUGCACCGCCAAAAUAUACGCCACCCCCCUCGUACACCACAGCGACCGGCGCGCGUUUCGCCAAGAUACUACGACAAAGCAUACGUCGCAGUGUACGCCGUGUGCUCGGUGAUCGCAGUCGCGCACGCCCCAUACUCACCAUCGACUCGGAGAGUAAUCAGCCCACUACAUCGCUACAUACACACGAAGUAGCGGCGCCACAUUACACGAGCGCCGACAUACCGAUUACAAAUACGGCGCUCACAACAUCCGAUCAACAGCAAACUUUCCCGUGCAGCUCCGGCGAACAACUGCAGCGCUCACUGUCGCUCGGUCGUAAGUUUACUGUUAAACAACAACAUCAGCAACAUCACACAAUUGGCGGCGGCGGUGCGCGCAGUCAACGUGCACUCACCGCGGAUGCCGGACAGCGCAACCUACGUGGUGCGCCCUACACCGCGGACGACGUGGUCACCGUGCUGCGCUCGACUUCGCAUGCGACUGCACAGAUGCGUCCCGACACCGUAGCGGUUGUGUCGCCCUCGACGCCCGAACUCUGCGAACUCUCAGCGAAUAAUUAUUCGUCGUUCCGUUCGAUUGAGAAUCUGGUGACGAAUGCAGCGCCGAUGGCGCGCAGCGCAGCAUUCACAGCAGCUGCGGCGUCGGCGUGCGACGAGGACGUCAACGGCAGCGGAAGUAAUACAUCUGUGAUUUAAAAGAAAAGAAAAGUGAGAAGAAUGGAGGUGAAAUAAGCAAAGUAACUAAAUGUGUUUUGCGUGUACUAUGUAUGUAAAUAGUUAUAUAUAUUAAAAGCGUAUGAGUGUAAUAAAUAAUUAUGAUAAAUAAUACAAGUAAUAAAUAAUAAAUAAAUACUAAUUGUCGAAAUAUUUGAA